GAAAGGCCUCAGUACAGCCUCGGCCCCUCCUGGAAGCUGUUUCGGGAUUUUGAGUCGCUGUGCUUGUGAAUUCUGUUUUGGAUAUUAUUGGUGCAAUUGUUGGACAAAAUGACUUGCUGUGGUAUUAAUUGCACUAAUAGAGCGUCCAAGGAGUCUCCACUUCAUUUUUUUCGCAGGCUUGGAGUGACACCUGUGUCCAUUCUUCCAUCCGGUAAUCCCCAGCGGUCAGGCCAGGCAGCCUGACCGGUGCGGCGGCUAGUUUCUGCGCGGGCUGACCGCUCGUGGAGCUCUCAGAGACAGAUCUGACCGGAGAAAUACUGCAGCUCGGGAAGGACCUGAUUGGUGUCCAGAACCUGCUGAAGAAGCACCAGGCUCUGCAGGCUGAGAUCACAGGUCAUGAACCUCGCAUCAAGGCUGUCACCCAGAAAGGAGAGACCAUAAUGGAGGAAGCAACAAGUGGCUCCAACUGACGAUGAGACCGGGAAGGAGCUGGUUCUGGCUCUGUACGACUACCAGGAGAAGAGUCCUCGAGAGGUCACCAUGAAGAAGGGCGACAUCCUCACGCUGCUCAACAGCACCAACAAGGUUGUUUUACUUGAACUCGCGUCUUUAGCUGAAUGAGGAUGGAGAGACGGGUCGGACCUGGAGCAGGUCGAGGUCUUGCAGAAGAAGUUUGACGACUUCCAGAAGGACCUGAAGGCCAACGAGUCCCGCCUGAGGGACAUCAACAAGGUGGCAUCUGAACUGGAGUCAGAAGGUCUGAUGGCUGAGGAGGCUCCUAUGGUUCAGGCUCAGCAACAAGAACAUCUGGGUUCUGCUCCUGGAAAGACCGUACGGUUGGGCGUUCAGACGACGGCUAACUUUAAUUCCAUCAAGGAGCUGAACAACUGCUGGCGCUCGCUGCAACAGCUGGCUGAAGACCGGAGCAACAUGCUGGGCAGCGCCCAUGAGGUGCAGCGCUUCCACAGAGACGCUGAUGAGACCAAAGAGUGGAUCGAGGAGAAGAACCAGGCCCUGAACACAGACAACUACGGCCACGACCUGGCCAGCGUUCAGGCUCUGCAGUGUGAACAGGAAGGCUUUGAGCGUGACCUGGCAGCUCUGGGUGAUAAGGUCCGCUUCCUGAUUGGUACCAUGACCCGGGUUGUCUCUGGAGACACGUUCUUCAUGGUUCUGGUGACUCCACCCCAGCCGUUCCUGAUCAGCAAUCAGCGGGGUGCUUUCCUAUUUAAGGUGGAUGGAGGACACAAUUUGACGCCAGAAGAUUGCCUCAGUUUUGGAUUCCUGUCGACCUCAUUGGAUACUGACCUCUACUCCAGGAUUUGGAUAUUCAACACACGGACCUUAUCACCAGCCUCCAUAACCCACCUCUCAUCUCACCCAGUGCCCCAUCCACCAGGACGCCCCGCUUCUCUCCACCUCUGCUCCCUCUCCUGCGCUUCCUCUCUACCUCUCUCUCCUCCAGCCAACACAUACACCCACCACAACGCUGAGCUGUUGUUGCAGUUCCAACCACAGACUUAUCUGUGCACCUUAAGUUCCUCCUUAUAAAUAAAUCAUUUUUUCCAUCA